UUUCAUCACAACUAGUACUUUGCUUCAAAGAGCAUACAACUCUUAGUGAUCAUUCUCCUACUCCUCAAGAUCAAUGGCAAAUACUAAAGAGCACAUAGUAAUGUUCCCAUUCAUGUCACAAGGCCAUAUAAUACCUUACCUAGCCUUGGCCCUCCAAAUAGAACAAAGAAAGAACUACACAAUAACCUUUGUUAACACCCCUCUCAACAUCAAGAACCUCAGGUCCUCUCUCCCUCCAAACUCCUCCAUUCGCCUCCUUGAAAUCCCUUUCUCCAGCUCUGACCACGGCCUGCCUCCAGACACUGAGAACACCAACGUCCUUCCCUACCAUCUCAUCAUCCAACUCAUUGAAGCCUCCACUUCUCUAGAACCAUCAUUCAAGAAACUCAUUGAAAACUUCAUUGAACAAGGCAACCCUCCACUUUGCAUUAUUGCCGACAUAUUCUUUGGAUGGACUGCCAGCAUUGCUAAAGAGCUCAACGUUUUCCAUGCAAUCUUUACUGUUAGUAGUGCGUAUGGAUUGGCAUGUUAUUAUUCUCUCUGGAUGAACCUGCCUCACGGGAAGGAGAAUUCAGAUGAGUUUUCUUUGCCUGACUUUGCAGAAGCUUCAAAUGUUCAUAUUACACAGCUGCCAACAAAUAUAUUGGAGGCUGAUGGUACUGAUGCUUGGUCGGUUUUUCAAAGCAAGAAUCUUCCUGAGUGGGUGAACUCUGAUGGGAUUUUGGUUAACACUGUGGAGGAGUUUGAUAAGGUGGGAUUGUUGUAUUUUAAACGUAAACUUGGAAGCCCUGCAUGGCCGAUUGGGCCAAUUCUUUUAUCCAGGGAAAACAGAGAAGGUGGUAUGAGUCUAGAUUCUUGCAUUGAGUGGCUUAAUACUAAACCUUUGAAGUCAGUUCUAUAUGUAUCUUUUGGGUCACAGAAUGCCAUCUCUGCCUUACAAAUGAUGCAAUUGGCUAUGGGGUUGGAAGCUAGUGACAAGAAUUUUAUCUGGGUGAUUAGGCCACCAAUUGGAUUUGAAUUGAAUACAGAAUUCAAGGCAAAAGAAUGGCUACCAAAAGGAUUUGAAGAAAGAAUCAAAGAAUCAAGAAGAGGGAUACUAGUGUAUAACUGGGCACCCCAGGUUGAAAUUUUGUCCCAUAAGGCUGUGUCUGCAUUUUUAACACACUGUGGAUGGAAUUCUGUGCUAGAAGCGCUUAAUCAUAGUGUGUUGCUGAUUGGUUGGCCGCUGGCGGCAGAGCAGUCCUUCAAUGCAAAGUUGUUGGAGGAAGAGAUGGGAGUUUGUGUGGAGGUAGCUAGGGGGAAAAGCAAUGAGGUUAGACAUGAAGAUAUAGCUGCAAAAAUUGAGUUGGUGAUGAAUGAGACACAACAGAAAGGGAAGGAAAUGAGAAGGAAAGCUUUUGAGGCUAGGGAGAUGAUCAGGAAUGCCAUUAAAGAUGAGGAAGGUUUCAAAGGGUCAUCUGUCAAAGCAAUGGAUGAAUUUUUUAGUGCUGCAUUAUCAAUGAGGGAGAAGACUAUGAGGGAACAGAAUGUUGCUGUUUUGAUUGAAGGAAAAAGAAUUUAGAAGAAUAACCAAGUGAAUAAAACUUGUCCUAAUUUGUGUUUUCUAUUUAGUAGAUCAAAUUGCAUCUCUCUCUAAAAUGGCAAUGCCAUUUGCUUUGGCGCAAUUUGAGGUUUAAUUUUUAUCUAGCUCUUGCACAAGUUCAAUUCUGUGGGUAUGUUUCAAGGCUUUCAGCCUUUCACUCAUUUGGCUGCCUAAUAGUAAAUGUUACUGCAUUUUAUAUUA